GCAUUCCCUUGGUCCACUAACCUGUUUUCUGUUUUGUUUGCUUCUUUUUGUUUUGUUGUGACCUGUGCAUUAACCACCUGCCUUUCUCUCGCCCCGCAGACCAGGAGAUGCGCACCGUCUCAGCGCUGACGCCGGUGCCAUGCUCCGUGCUCAACAGCAACAGCAGCAGCAACAGCAGCAACCUUCCCCUCAGGGCGGCAGCACCAGAGACCUGACGCACCCAGCAACAGCAGCAGCAACAACAGCAGCUGGGCAAGACCCCUGUGAGGGACUUGGGCGGCGGAUCAGCCCCUGCCCUCAAGACCCAGCCCACCAGGGACCAGCCCCAAAGCCGAGGGCGCGAGAGCCGCGCCGGGUCCCGCGAGCGCCUCGUCGGCGCCCCCCUCAGCCUGGCGCAGCGAGACUACCCCAGGCACGACUACUAUCAGCACAAGCCCCAGGACUAUCCUAG